UCUAUAAUGUAAUUGUUAUUGAUACAAUCACCACCAUGUUUCACUUAAAUAUGUUUUUAACCGCGUGGAUUCUUUUAAUUUCCAACAAAAAAUUAUAACAAAAUACAACGCACAUGUCUCAGGUAUGGUAACACCGUAGGGCUUCACUUAUAAGGUGUUCAGUGAAGUGUACAGCCCACGGAAGCGACUGUUCGUGUCAUGACGUUAGUUAGUGUUCUGUAGUUAAUAAGACGAAAAUGUCCGAUCCGACUAUACAAACGUUUUGUUGCCAUCAUGGAAAUGGCACCGAUGUGGCUCUAACUAUUAUGGAAGAAUUCGAUACUGAUGCGUAUAAUAUUGUGUGCUUGUUUUCGGCAACUUUGGGCAUUUUGGGAGCUAUUUAUCAGGUGCUACCACGAACUGAAUUCGCCAACAGCCACAGAUGGCUCUCCUUCUCUGCAGAAAGAGGACGCAAGAUAAUAGUAUGGCUGGCUGUAUCCGAUUUAAUGGCUGCUGUAGGGGUGUUUACCAGAUCAGCAAUCUGGAUUACCAGGAAGAAUAUCAUGCCGGCUGUAGAAGAUGAUUCCAGUGUUUUGUUUUGUGCCAUUUCUUCGGCUUUAAUACAAUAUUUCUAUACUGCCAGUUGGAUAUGGACGUUAUGUUACGCCAUAGAUAUGAGACAUAUUUUAAACCAGAGGGAGUUACAGAUAGGCCAUUAUCACCUUAUAGCCUGGGCUUUACCAGCUGUUUUAACCAGCACCGGUUUGCUUUUAUUAUAUUUUCCAGACGCUAACUGUCAUACGGUUGCCUCCCUGUCAACCGCCCUCUUACGGAUCCUACCGAACUACUUGGUGACAUAUAUCCCGAUGUUAACGGUCAUGGUGUACUGCCCAAUCCUGUAUCACAAUUCCAUUCAGGAUAUGAAGACUAUUAUAAGUAGUACAUCCGGUCAAUUCACCAGCAGAGAACGUGAUAUAAUGGAGGCCGUUAAAAUUAAAUUUUUUGUGAUAAAUCUGGUAUUCUACGUAUGCUGGAUGCCCAAUUUGGUCAACUUUUUGAUGUUGUGGACUUUGUGGUUUCGGUUGCCUGCGGAAUUUAUGAUUUUGGUUUGGUAUAUAAUGGCCUUUACCAAUCCCUUACAAGCCUUUUUCAAUGCCUUGGUUUACCGGAGAUGGAGUGCUGGGUCGGAAAAACUGGCUUUGCCAUGGAGACAUUAUCAGGUGGCAGAAUACCAACUGACCAGGUCGAUAAGCAGUGAUACCUCCAGGGAGGAAAUUUAUCCACUUUUGCAGAAUUCCCCUUCUAAGAGCGUUAACGGAUAUAAAAGUUUGCACUGAUUUAAGGUUUUGAUAAACUACCUCUAAUUUAUUAAUAAAAAACUUUGUUACAAA